AUGCGCCUCUUCCGAGGGCCGAAGCGCAGGGAAGUGACCGGCCCGCAGGCUGCUCCGACGCCGUCUCCCCGCCGAGACAUCUCUACCGGGCCUCCAGCCACACAAGACUACACGCUCGUUACCGCACUCCCAGCCAUGGUCAUGGAGGACGAUGUGAAGGAGAUGAAGAAAGUAUUUGCAACGUGGGGUCGGCGAAUGGGAAAGAAACUCGAUAUGUUAAAGAAAGAUCCCAAAGAUGCUCAGGAUUCCAGCGCAAAUGAAAUCUCAAAUCGAGAUUCAUCACCUGCAAUGGGACAGUAUAAGAAGAAACAAAAUUGGAAAAUGGGCCGCAGCACAUCCGACUCAGCGUCAAUAAAGAAGGAUAACGAUACGGAUUCUAUAAGAAGUGGUUCGAGAGACAGAUCACCGAGCCCUUUCAAAUCUUUCUUCCAUCGUAUGGGUUCAACUGGCAUGUUGAACACAAAAACACAAUCGCUAAAUACACACAAGCCCCCUGAGAAUUACACUAAUGGAUCGACACUUUAUAGGAGCUGCUCCACUUCUCAUUUAUCUACAUACAUAAAAGCUGACGACCCGUCCGAUGAUAUAGAUCUACAAAAUACAAAUAAUGAAAAUAAAAAAUCCCCAACGAAAAAAGUCCUCAAUUCAAUAAACGACGAAAAGAUCGGUAAUUCAACGACUAAAGCUGUCAGUUGUGAUAAUAUACCUAAGUUGGACGGACAGCAAAACAAUUCCUCUAACAAAAAACCCAAUUUCCCAUAUGCGUUUUUAAGGUCAAAGCUUUCUGUUUUGCCCGAAGAGAACAGUAUAUCGUCACAACACAGAUCGAUAUCAAUGAGACAGAGCUUCUCAGAACGAAUAGAUCGAAAAUCACCAAAAUUCCGAAAGGAAAGAAUGUACUAUACUAAUUCACGAUCCGAGGAACGAUACAGGAGCAGUGAUAAUAUCUCCGUCCAUGAAGGCAGCGUAUACGAUACCAGUUUCGCUCUGCGAAAUGACAUAGAUUCGUCCAGAAAUUCUAUUCGAAGUAUCAACGAAAUCGACGGUACUCCUUAUCCAUACCGAAGAAUAGAUGACGUACCUCGUAGGUCGUCUAUGAUAUCACAUAGGCCUCCUAUAGACUAUGAUCCAAUGCUUAUGCCACGGAAUAGAAACAGCCUUCCUGUCUACGAAUACAACUCAGCUCUCGGUUCCAUUCAGGAUUUAAAGUCUGAUUUAGCAUCUUCAAGUCAAAGUAUACACCGUGAGUUUCUCCAAGCUCACAGACUUAGUAACUACAUAAGUUCCAAUGAAUCGGGUUACGAUAGUGACGGUAGACCGACUGAUGAGCAUAGUAAUCAUUCCCCGCCUGGAUACAGCCACUUCACCAGCGGAUCUGGUACACUGAGCAGAGACGGAAAUUAUAGUAAUUUUACAAGGCAGCUAAGUUUAAAUCAUAAAAUAAAUGUGAGUAGAGUUCAAAUUCCAACGAGAAGAAGCUCCACACCGUGCGCAUUGUUUCCAAUAGAAAAAAAUGUUACAUAUGAUAGAGAAAAUGAGAAUAAACCUCCUACAAAGUACACGAAGAAUAUUUCUAAUCAACAAAUGACGAUCGAUUAUAGCGAUGCUAAGCCACCACCUCUCCCAAAAAAGAAUAUAAGUAAGAAAGUGCCUUUUAUUUACAAAACAAUCACACUGGAUGAACGGGUUCAAACCAGAAAAAUAAACUUUUUGCAAUCUCAAUUGGCAUCGUACGAACAUUCAUCAACUCCAAAUCUUUGUGACAAUAUCACUUCGGGUCGAGAGUCGGAUAUUAAAGUUUUGGAAAAGGAUUUACUUGGAAGAGGACCAUGCACGAAGCGUUUUAGAAAAUUAAGACUGAUCAAAACAAGGUUAGACGAAAGUUUAGGUGUUUACCUCGCUCAGCAUAGAGUGGAUUUUGACAAAAGUGGCUCCAACUUUGAAAUUCGUUACAUUGUCGUGAAGCUUGAUUUCGAUGGAAUAGCCCACAGAGAUGGUAGACUGCGAAUAGGAGAUGAAAUUGUCAGUGUAAACGGUAAAGUACUUCGAGGCUUGGCAUCAUUGAAGGAGGUACAACACAUUGUCAAUUCAUGUUCUACAGAAGCUGCACUCGAAGAAGGAGCAUUGUUUCAAAGAUAUGAAGUCGAUUUAGUGAUGGCACACGAUGAAAUAAACCCUAUUACACUAGGACGUAUAAUAAACAACCAUCCGUUAGAGAACAAUGCGGUUCAACAAAACAAUAUGUCAAAUGUACCGCCUGAUAUCAUUUCUCAAACGAUCCAUAAACCUACGCCUUCAAAUCAAAUUACGAUAGAAACUCACUUCCCGAGUGAAAACACCUUCUUCGUAGAAAAUGAAAUAGACGAAAUAUCGAAGGAACUACACGAGAUUCAUAAUAAUAGAUGUGAAGUCGGCGUUCAAGUAACUAAACGCAUCCAGCUAUCAAAUCAGAAGAGCGACGACGAGAAGUUAUUAGAGCGAAACUGCUUCACACCUGUUCAUCCAUCAUUACACAAUAUAACGAAUAUCGAGGUUUCAAUGCGAUCAUCGCCUACGCCUAAAAACAACGUGAACUAUAGACCCAUUUCUUUACACGGUUCCAGAACACCUUUAUCUGUUUGUGCAGACAAUGAUACGAACGAGAUAAAAGAAUCAUCCCAUUACAUAAAGAAUGUGCCGAGGCUUUACCAGAAUAGAUCGUUUGAAAGCAUUCCGGAACAGCUAAGAAGCAGCAACCGCAGCAGAUAUUUCAACCGAGCUGGUUCACAGAGAUCGCCUAUUUGCAACGGAUCGCAUGUAUCUCGUCAGCAAGAAUAUAACGGCGCAGCUGCUCAACCAGAAACGUUGAAUUUUUCUAAUAGCACGGUACAUAAAGUGCAGUUUUGGAAAGGCCCGGGUCACAAGAGCCUCGGUUUCAGUAUUGUAGGAGGGACGGAUUCGCCAAAGGGACAAAUGGGAAUUUUCGUUAAAACAGUCUUCCCAAAUGGCCAAGCUGCAGAUAAAGGGAAUGUGUAUGAAGGCGAUGAGAUAAUAUCAGUGAACAAUGCGCCUACGCGUGGCUUGAGUCACGCUGGGGCUAUAUCACUUUUUAAACAAGUAAAGGAAGGGAAAAUCGAAUUGACGCUUUCACGAAGAAGAGCUCCUAGGUCAAGAUCUGUCGAGCCUCUUGGUCAUUUUCGCGGCAACAACAAAUGA